GGAAUGGUUGUCGAUGAUGUCAUUCAAGUGUGAGGAACAGGUGUGAGAGGAGGUCUGGAGUCAGUUCCUGAGAGGGAGAGUUCUGGAGGCUCUAGAAAACAACUCUGACCUCACAUUGGAUUUCCCCUCAUUCCCCAAGGUGCCAUGUCACAGGUGAGAACACAGGAGGGUGGGACAAUGGAGCCAGAGGACGGGGUUACUGAGGAAACCUUCCUCAAGGACCUCUAUGCCUAUAUGAAGAACAGAGACACCCCCAUUGAGAGAAUACCUCACCUCGGAUUCAAGCAGAUUGAUCUAUUUCAGAUGUUCAAAACUGUACAGUCACUGGGAGGAUACAACCAGGUCACAGCCCACCAGUUAUGGAAGCAAGUGUACAACAAGCUGGGUGGAAACCCUCGCAGCACCAGUGCAGCCACGUGUACACGGCGUCACUAUGAGAAGCUGAUUAUGCCAUAUGAGUGCUACUUGAGGGGAGAGGACAAUAAGGACUUGACCUUUCCCCGCCAGCAGAAACGACCACGCUGUCCCAGCUUUCCUCACGACGAGGAGGAAGCCCUGAGAGGAGGAAAGCGUAGCAUGGCUUACGGACACGUGCACGCCAUGCACCGGAAUUCCCAUGACUUCUUGGACAACAGAGUCAGGGUCAUUCCCAUUCCUUUGCACCUGCAACAUUAUUUUCCCCCGAGCAGCACAGCGCUGCCACCCUACCUUGCACCCCCCCCUACCAUAUCAACAUCCCUGCCCCACCCUGACUCCAGGACCUUCCGCGUGCCACCUCCCCUGGAAGUGACCGAAAGGCCCGAGCAGCACCUGGCUGUACUUCGCACGUUAGCCAAUGAGUACAUGUCCUCCUCGGGCUGGGCUGAGCCCCUCAACCUGAGCUGCAAAGAGGGGGGAGGCAUCAGCAACGUCAGCCAACAGCCAUCCUCCUUCAGCCCAACCGGCAGCAACAAGACGCCCAAAUUCCUCAACAAGGUGGUCCCACUUUACCGGGCCUAUGGUGUGGCCAAAGAAGAGGGACCAGAGGGGUUGGAUACUGAACUAUCUGUUGGAUGCCCAAGUAUCUGUGGCACAGCAAAGCCCAGUCCUGCUGAUCCAAGCGCAUUUCCCCUCCCAGCUCUGAAGAGACAAGUCAUUGAUCUCACUUCCUCUGCAGUCUCAAACAUGUCCCCUCCAGUGACAGAUGCCACCGUGAAGACAGAGGCCUUCAGCACCUCGCCACUGUGGCAUCAUGGUCCGGCUUUUCGAGAUGCUCUGACUGGCAAUACUUCAGAGACAGACCUCCAGUCUAGAAAAGGGGAAUCUCCCAGACCUAGCCAAAGUCCCCUCAAUCUAAGCAGCUCCACGAUGAGUCCUACCGGUGACUCAGGGAGGAUGGAGAUUCAGAUCCCACUGGCCUUGCUGCAGAACUGGUUUAAGAGCACCUUUGCUCCGGGUCUCCGUAACAGGGUCAGCGCUGGAGCCUUGCAGUCCGCCGAGAGUCAAAUGAAAGGAAGCGAGGUAAAGUUACAGAUGCAGGGCAAUGCCGAGACACUACCAGGGAGAGAGAACACCUCAGACCUGAGCUUCCACCAACGCCAAAGGCACAGGGAUAGCAGCUUCAAGGGAGGGGACAGGAACUUCACUGGCUCCUACACCAAGGAGAGGCAUACCGUGAAUAAAGAUUACUACACCGGCAUCAGCCAUCACCAUCAUUCACGCUCACCUGACAUCACAGCUGGGGAUUGGGAGCCCAAGAGAGACUGUAGAGGGGCCUUUGCACCAUACCACCCAGAUGUGUUUUCAAAGAGAGUCACUGGCAGCAGUCCCUACCUCCAAAGCAUAGAUUACGUAGCACGGAAGUCAUCCCCUAAGGGGCUGAUGGACACUCAGGAUUUGGUGGCGGGAAGAAAGAGCAGUCAGAACCUGUCAGCCCCCAUGAAAUCACCACUGGGCCCCCAUGAACAAGAACAGGGAAGCACAGGCCCUUACAGGCGUGAAAUGUCACCAGUUCUGCUUGGGCCACAUGAGAAAGCCCAAUCAAAGAAGGGACCCUUCAACGUCUUCAUGGUCAACAAUACCUCAUCGUCCUGUCAGUCCCUCACCCAGGAAGAGUACCUGAAACUGAGGCAACUCAUCUCCAGCUCCCUGUGAAGACACGUAGGGUCAGGUGCCAAAUAACUGUCAUGCCUGUAAAGAAGGAACAGCACCGGCCAGUUGAACCCACCACACACAAACUCAUUCAAAUAAAUUCCGCCCACGUGAAUGGCUUUUUUAACUGCUACAGCUCAUGAAACUGCACAUUGGUGAGGGCAUCUUUGUGACCCUCGCCUAAGCUCUAUGGUGUAAAUAAUGGUUAUUCUAUAAAGUGUUGUUAUCGUCAUACUGCACACCAUCUCUAUGUUUCAUUUUUGUUUGUGGUAGGUAGUAGAUUGCUGCUAUUAAAAUUAAUGGGUUGUCCAGUAGUCUUUUUUUUAAUCUUGAUUCUGAACUCUUUGACUGCCAUGGUAAUGUCAAAUACAGGUAUGUCAAAGUUGCCACAGGGAACAACAUGAGAAGAUGAACAGCCUUCACCACGGUGUUUAUUUCCUCCAAAUGGUACACCCAUCAUCACUUCAGGGGUUUCGCUAAGUAGCCAAAUUGCUGUUUUGUACAUACUGUAUAUUUAUAUAGUACUUCCUUUUCUAACUUAAAUUGUCAGAUUGCUAUUUCCAUUAAGAUAGUGUUUAUUCUAUUAUUCUGUAAAAUAUAGUAUUUAAAGGAAAUGUAUACUUUCAUUAUCUUUGUAUUAUCUAUCAUUGUAUUAUCUUUUUUACAUUUUGAAAGGAAAAAAGAAGCUAUAGCACAACCAAAAAUGUACAUAGUUUUGUGAAUGUGUUAAAUUGGGAAGCUGUAACUCAUUACAUAAUAAACAUUUAAUCU